UGUGUAGUAUAAGAUGUGUUCAGUUCAGUUCAGGCAUGUGUUCUCGGAACGGGAGGCUUUUAGCAACCAUUUAAAGUGCGAAUGAAUCACGUUUUUCGAAGUAAAGUUUUUAUUUUGUCGAGGGUGGUUUAUAUCCACUUUCUAAUUCCCGAUCUUGGAUCCAUUCGCGGGAUAUAACAGAUUUCCUGCGCUGCAAGCACUUCGCAGACACUCAAUGAGCGAAUGUCCUGGGAGAUGGAAGCUGGAGAAAAUAAAAUAUCCGUGUGGGUUUGUCGAGAGGAGAAGCUCGUGUCGGGUUUGUCAAAACGUACCACUUGUGCUGACGUUAUUAAGGUACUUCUGGAGGACCAGAACUUCCAACAGCGUGUGUCCGCCGCGAUGCUUUCGGGGUCUCCUCAGUCUUACUGCAUUGUUGAGAAAUGGAGAGGAUUUGAAAGGACCUUACCGAACAAAACAAAGAUCCUUAGACUGUGGAACGCGUGGGGAGAAGAGCAGGAGGACGUCAGAUUUGUCCUGGUAAAGAGCGAGGCGUCGUUACCCAACAACGGACCGAGGAGCGCAGAGGCGCGCGUAGUUCUUAGCAAAGACAGCCCGUGCGUGUACAAGGGGACAGCAGGCGUGACAAUGGCGUUCUCACGGGACAAGCAACGGAGAAUUGUCAGAAAAGCCUUUAGGAAACUAGAAAAAAUCAACAAGAAAAGAGCGCAGGUUGUAUCCAAGGACACGUCCUCAGUGGAGAAGAUGGAGACUCUAGUGCAUCUGGUAAUUUCUCAAGAUCACACCAUCCGCCAGCAGGUCCAGAGGAUAGAGGAGCUGGACCGGGACAUUGACAGGUAUGAGGCGAAAGUGCAUUUUGACAGGAUGCAAAUGCAUGGCAUCAAUUAUGUUCAGGAAACAUACUUGGUCGACACAAAUUCGGAAGGGCACUCUCUCCACGAGGGGGAUAAAGCAGCUUCGGCAGAGGUCCUUGCACAAUUUGAGGAAUAUGCCAAAAAAUGCGAAGAGGUGAUUAAAAUUCAAGAGGAGCUGGCUGAGCGCGAGGCACUUCUGGACAGCAUCACCGCUCAGAUUCAGGAGGAACUGAAUCAGAGGUGGAUGAAGCGAAGACAAGAAGAACUUGCAAAUAAGGAGUCGGACUUCAGUUUAGGUGACGACACCAUUAGAGUUACCAAGGCCGACAAUCCCAUCGAGAACGAGUUACUCUUGGAGGAAGAGCAGAUUAAAACGGAGCUGGACGCGAGUUUGUACAUCGGGCUGAGGUUGAACACGGAUUUGGAGGCUGUUAGGAAUGAUUUGGACUUGGCACAGGAGAUGUGGGGGGCUAAGGAGAAAGAACUGAGGAAUCUACUAGAAAAAGUGGACUCGUUGGAUUCGGGCGAGCAGAGUGAAACCGCGGCUGGGCUGCAAGAGGGCGAUGUGGCACACACGGAGCCUGCUGGCGAAACCCCCAUGCAGCCGCACAGCGGCUGGGUAGAGCAGGCACGGGGACUCGCUCAGUCCUGCAACAGCAAUGAUGACGAUUCAGACACGGGACUCAGUUCUAUGCACAGCCAGGACUCGGAUGUCACACGUGUUUGCGAGUCUUUAGUAUAACAAUGCAAACCCGAAUACCUCAGGGACAGGGUACCAAACAGUGUGUAUGUGACCAUCAUCUGAACCUUUGACAUGUCUGGGUAAACAAAAGCAACACAGAGAUUCUAGCAACGUAUAUGCACUUAGUAAUUAUAUUACUGAGUAGGAUUUGGUUACGCUUCUUGGUGAGCAUUUGUAUGUGAACUUUAUACUUAGCUUUAUACUGUUGAGUAAAUCAGUAUUAAUUUUUAUAUGGUACAAUCUACGUUUCACAGUGAAAAUGAACCUUCUAUCUUUGACAUUUCCUUUAAAAGCAGACCAGAAUUAAACUUUUAGAAUGCUGGUGCGAUUUGUGAAUAAAGUAAGUUGUCAGAAUCAAACAAAGUCUGAUGCUAUAUGGUAGCAAACGUUUACAA